ACUCGUUGUGCGGAUUCAUCCGCACUCCGCAGAGUGCAGACAAAGAACAGAGACCUAUUCAAUACUCGGAGAAGAUUUUAUUAGUCGCAAACUAACGCGACCGCACCCAAAAUCUCAAUCUCGAACAUUCUCAACUGCAUUCCUUUGUUGAAGCUUUCUUUACGUGUUCUUAAUUCUCGCCAUUUUGCUUAUUCUUCCAACACAAACUUAUUAUCGACUCUGUUUCUUGACAGAACUUGUUGGGGUCUCUGACUUCGUUUUUUAGGAUUCUAUUUUCCUAUCGGGGUCUCUGAUUUUGUUGAGGUCUCUGACAUAUCGUUAAAUCUGAGGUCCUUAGUGGGUGCCUUAGAAGCAUGCCUUUAUUCUCUAUAUCUCAUUCGAAGGCAGAUGCUGAGCACUUUUUGGAUCUGCUAGCUUGAUCUUGGGGAUGGGUCUGUGUUCGGAGCCCUGCCAUUGGUACAGAACCAAGCAUGUCUCUUUAUAGUUCUCUCUUUUAUUUUCUAGCAUCUAUUUUCUUCGUAGUAUUUGGAAUAUCUGAUGCACAAAAGGAUGUACUCUGGCUAGCUUCUGCUUCUGCUAGUUAAGUUCCGGGUUAGAGAGGGACAGAAAAAGAAAAAAAAAAUGGAAUCUGGCAAUGGAAUCUACUCGGUCGGAGAGUUCAGUUUAGAUGCAAAGUGGCUGAUCGAUCCUAAGCAACUUCUUGUGGGGCCAAAGAUUGGAGAGGGUGCGCGUGCCAAAGUGUACAAAGGACAAUACAAAAAUCAGACUGUGGCUAUUAAAGUUGUACAUAGAGGGGACACCCCAGAAAAGAUUGCCAAGAGAGAAGCGCGGUUUUCUAGAGAGGUUGCAAUGUUAUCCAGAGUUCAACACAAGAAUCUAGUGAAGUUUAUUGGGGCUUCCAUGGAUCCUGUCAUGGUGAUAGUGACUGAGCUUCUAUUGGGUGGGACAUUGCGCAAGUACUUGCUGAAUAUAAGGCCAAGGUGCUUGGAUAUGCAUGUAGCGGUUGGGUUUGCACUUGAUAUUGCUCGUGCAAUGGAAUGCUUACACUCCCAUGGGAUCAUUCACCGAGAUCUGAAACCUGACAACUUGAUGUUGACUGCGGACCAUAAAACAGUUAAGCUUGCAGAUUUUGGUUUAGCUAGAGAAGAGUCAUUAAAUGAGAUGAUGACUGCUGAAACAGGGACAUAUCGUUGGAUGGCUCCAGAGCUUUACAGCACAGUCACACUAAGACACGGAGAUAAAAAGCAUUACAAUCACAAAGUGGACAUCUACAGCUUUGCAAUCGUGUUGUGGGAGCUCAUCCACAAUAAAUUGCCUUUUGAGGGCAUGUCAAAUCUACAGGCAGCAUAUGCAGCUGCAUUUAAGAAUGCGAGGCCCAGUGCUGAAAACCUCCCAGAGGAUUUGGCUUUGAUUGUGACUACAUGUUGGAAAGAGGACCCUAAUGGUCGACCUGACUUCAGCCAAAUCAUACAGAUGCUCUUGCACUAUCUCUGUAUCGUUUCACCUCCAGAGCCGGUAGUCCUUCCUCGGAUAUACACCUCUGAGAGUACUGUGCUUCCACCAGAAUCACCCGGCACGAGUUCACUAAUGGCUGGGAGAGGUGACUUGAGUGAAGCCCCAAAUGCUGGCUUGGAAGACAAACCUACAAGUAUUUUCAAUUGCUUUAGACAUUGUUACUGAUCUCAACUUCUUGUUGGGCAAGCUCUAUAAAUUAUAUUGGAAUAACCACAUAAGACUACAUCUUACUCUUACCUCGGAAAAGAAACCUCAACUUGUUCAAAAUUUAGUCAGUUUUCUUGACAUAUGGAGGUUAUGUGUUGGAGUUGAUGUUACGGUCAAAAGUUUCUUACUCCAUCUACACUGGUUUCAGUUUGUUCUUGAUGCAAAAUGAGGUCCAUCUAAAGACCUUUAAUCCGACUUGUAUGCAAUAAAUCCUGCAGUGUAUGUAAUGACUGUUAACAUGCAAGUUCUAAUGACUGUAUAAUGAUUGCCAUA